AUGAUACCCAUUGAAUCACAGAGAACACACCUAGAAGUACAUUCAAAGACCAAGCUUAGGAAAAGAGAAAGAAUGUCUUCUUCCACGGAUAUAGAAGCAUCCUCCACUAACGAGAGAGCAGCAGCAAAUUAUAACCAUGGAGGAAAUCAUCAUAACAACCUAGCAGUAGUACCAAAUGAUCAUGAAGAUGAUCUUCAAGAAACAGUCAACCCAAUUACUCAAAAAAGAGUUAUAAAUUGGAAACUCCUCAUACUAUUCUGUUUCUUUUCUGCUUUUGGUUACAUAGGAGGACCCUUGUUACAGAGACUGUACUACACUCAUGGCGGAGGCCGUAAAUGGUUUUCGAGUAUGUUACAAACCGUUGGAUUUCCGGUGUUAGUAGCUCCACUUUCUUAUAUCUACAUAAAGAAAGUGAAUGGACCAUCAUAUGAUGCUUCAUGGGUUUUCAUGAUGGAACCAAAAUUGUUCAUGUAUAGUGCAGUAAUUGGAGUGGUGCUUGGAAUGGAUAACUAUAUGUACUCAGCUGGUCUAUUUUAUCUUCCCGUCUCAACUUCAGCACUGUUGUUUCUACACAACUUGCUUUUACAGCAAUAUUUGCUUUCAUAA